GAUUCCUGCGCAGCGCAUGUAUGUUUCGUCAGUGUGCCACGCCCUCUCUAUCGACCAUAAGCCGCCCAAUACUGUGGUUCCUACAGAUUCAAUACUCGAAUAAAAAGAGUAACUGCACGUACGCACGUAACUGUACGCAGCAUUUAAAAAUGUCGCAUAAGUCUUGCGUGGAACUGAGCGAAAUUCGAAAACUGGAUAAAAUAGUGCAGCAAUGCGAGCUGUACAUGUCCAAUAAUAAUAUAAAUGACACAACUAAGAAACCACCUUUAACGGAAUUCAAACGGAACUGGAUUGUAAAACCCACUCAAUUUGUGGAAAGGGAACUCUUUUCACUUAUGUGCAACCUUAAUAAGAUAGAAAAGAAACAAAUUUUUGUUUCAGAUAUUUUGAUAAACGCUAGUAUGUUCGACGACAAAAAGGAUAGUUUGUCAAGAUUUCCUAAUAGUGUACCUGACCACAGCACUUUGGUCUAUCACAAAUUCAUUCAGUCUAGGCCCACUAAUAGUGAUGGUACACCAGAACUAAAAAUCAACUUAAAGUCGAAGGAAAAACAAAGUUUAAAGAACACUGAAGAUUGUUUUUUUUUACCUCCUUUAUUAAAAAAAAAAAAUAAAAGGGAAAGUUUAAAAAAAGGUAUAGCCGUAAUGGGAGAAAAUCAAAACCAAUAUAAUAAUAAUUCAAACGAGUUUAAAUUAGGCCAACAAAAGAAGCAUACUAGUAGCAAAACGUGGAAGAAAUGCAUUAAAUGUGAUAAAAAGAAGCUAUACAUUAAGAACUAUCAGACAGUUUCUAGGAGGGAUUGCGAUUUACAUUGCUCGUAUGAUCCAUCACUUAAAAAAAACAGCGACAUUUUUCAAACCCAUAAAGGAAAUUCUUACGAGUGUAUGUUUAAGAACUUGAAAUACAAUCAAAGUGAAAAGCCGGCAGAAAACGUAUUGGGUAGUUCGUAUGAAGAUAUGCUGGACAAAGAAGCACUUCUCGGAUCGAAGAGUGAACUAAAAAUGCAAGAUCCAAACGAAAUGAUUACUUCUCUGGGAGGAAACAUACUUCUAGACCAGAAAUUACAGAACAACUACUACCAUAAGUGGACUCUACUACAUUAUUCGCCUUUUAAAGCUGUGUGGGAUUGGGUGAUAUUAAUUCUGGUGAUGUACACGGCCAUUUUCACACCGUAUGUGGCGGCAUUUUUGCUUGGGGAGCAGGAUUAUCAGAGAAGAAAUAACAAAUACAUUAACUCUGACCCAAUUGUUAUAAUUGAUUUAAUUGUGGAUGUUACUUUCAUCGUCGAUAUCUUGAUUAACUUUCGAACCACCUUUGUCAACGCACAGGAUGAAGUGGUAUCCCAUCCUGGACGUAUAGCUGUUCACUACUUAAGCGGUUGGUUUUUAAUCGAUCUUGUGGCAGCGGUUCCUUUCGAUUUGCUACUAGUCGGUAGUGAUACCGAUGAGACAACUACAUUAAUAGGACUUUUAAAAACAGCGCGUCUUUUGAGACUAGUUCGAGUAGCCCGAAAAAUAGACCGUUAUUCGGAAUAUGGAGCUGCCGUUCUUAUUUUAUUAAUGGCUACCUUUAUUUUGAUUGCCCAUUGGUUGGCCUGCAUAUGGUACGCAAUUGGAAAUGCCGAAAAAUCUAUCACCGCGAAAAACAUCGGUUGGCUAAAUUCGUUAGCCUAUGAUAUUCAAGAACCUUAUUUUGAUAACCGAACUGGUGGACCCUCUAUAAAGUCGCGGUAUAUCACAGCCUUAUAUUUUACAUUUACCUCGCUCACGUCCGUUGGAUUUGGAAAUGUGGCACCAAAUACUGAUGCUGAAAAAGCUUUCACUAUUUGCGUAAUGCUUGUUGGAUCUCUUAUGUAUGCAAGUAUUUUUGGAAAUGUAUCGCCAUAAUUCAAAGGUAUAAUACUAAUACGGUACAAUUAUUAGUUAUUAUAACUAUUAUUAUUACUAAUACCAAGGCUUUACUCUGGAACGGCAAGAUAUCAUACUCAAAUGUUACGUGUUCGGGAGUUUAUUCGAUUCCACCAGAUACCAAAUCCGCUAAGGCAAAGACUAGAAGAAUAUUUCCAACACGCAUGGACCUAUACGAAUGGGAUAGAUAUGAGCUCGUUGCUUAAAGGUUUUCCCGAGUGCCUACAAGCAGAUAUUUGCCUUCAUUUGAACAGAAAGUUACUGACAACGUGUGCGGCUUUUUCGGAUGCAAGUCCUGGUUGCCUAAGAGCUUUCUCCCUUAAAUUUAAAACUACCCAUGCGCCGCCUGGUGAUAUCCUAGUCCAUAGAGGAGAUGUCCUUACCUCAUUAUUUUUUAUAGCCAGAGGCUCAAUAGAAAUUCAAAAAGGUGGCAAUAUAAUUGUUGUAUUGGGGAAAAACGAUAUCUUCGGCGAAAAUCCGUGUAUAUAUCCAACGCUUGGAAAAUCUAACGGAGUGGUAAGAGCACUGACAUAUUGCGAUAUUCAUAAGUUGCACAGAGACGACUUGCUGGACGUACUGGAUGCUUAUCCCGAAUUUCUUGAAAGCUUCGUCAACAACUUGGUUAUAACCUAUAACAUGAGAGAUGACGCACACUCUGGUGUUGAUAUCAAGCAUCGCUACUUAAGAGCAAAGACCUCCGAUAAAAUGAGAAGCUCUCCUGACAUACCCUCUAUAAGAAUAGUUGGACUGCGAUAUAAAAAACAAAAUGUUAAUACAUCUGUGCAUAAAAUUAAGAAUGAUAACUCCCGUGACCUUAACAUUUUUAUAGAAAAUGAAAUCGCAAACUAUCACUUAGAUUUGUUUGAAAAUAAUAGUUAACCACAAACAGCACAAUUUUAAAAAAUGAAAACAUCGAAUAGCAUUGGUCGAAAGAUAGAUUUAAAGUAAGUACAAUCUGCGGCAAAGUUGAAAAGUAAAGAGCAUUAAAGAUUCCAGCCGUGUCAAUAGUUAUA